AUGAAAAGCGGCCCGGCCCGCAGCGCACAUGCGCGUGACGAUACAGAGUUCCGCUACGACCUUAGUCACGCCAUAUAUGGCAGUUUCCCAUCAUGCGCAUCACACACCACGCCGCCUCAGCGAUCGCGUGCCCCAUCCCCACACUUCGCCUCAAAAGCAUCCAGCGAGCCGGCUUCUAGUACACUUGUCGAUUCCACUCUCAGCGGACAGAACGAAAUUCAAAGUCCCAACGACGACGACGGCGACGGCGACAUCGAUAACGAUAUCACCAACAACAGCGCGAUACAGCCCUGGCUUUCCCACCAACCCAGUUCACCCAGCCAUGCAGCCGACAUGGACAACAUGCACCAAAGCGUUUGUCUGAACCUCACCCCGCCCUGCGAAACCACCACAUCUGAAUCGGAGUUGUGGAUCCUACCCGAACUUGAUGACUGCAAUGCCAAUCCAUCAGCGUCUUCGACUUCUUCUUCUUCGUCUACCUCUUCUUCGUCCUCAUCGCCCCCCUCCUCCACAAAAUCACCCCGACCAUCGGCCCCCUUGCUAGUUGGUGGAGAAAAACAAAUUUCCCUCUUCCUCUCGCACGCCACAAAAGCCAAAUCCCAUUUCGAGCAGCUACGCACAAGACUGAUCCAAGGCGACUACGACGGCUGGGACUUGUUCGUUGCAAGAUGUAGCCCUGAGAGCAAGGAUAGACCACGGAACAAACACUAUCACGGUGAGGAGCGGGUGGACGAGGAGUUUGACCUUGUCGUCUUGUCGGCUGUCAGGGCGAGUUGUUGA